UGCACCCGGCCAUGUACGGGCUACUGAUCGAGAACUUCAGCGAGUACAUCAAAAACGAUUAUGGCGAGGACAAGUGGGAGGAGAUCCGUCUGCUGGCCGGCAUUGAGCACAUCGACUUCAGCACGCACAAAAUCUACAGUGAAAGCCUCCUGCCGAAGCUCAUUAAGGCCGCUGUCACCGUGCUCGGGGUCCCCAACGAGAAGAUCAUGUUCGGGAUGGGCGGCUUCUUCGUCGAGUUCGUGGGACAGUACGGGUACGACAGGGUGCUCUCCGUGCUGGGCCGCCACGUGAGGGACUUCCUGAAUGGGCUGGACAACCUACACGAGUACCUCAAGUUCUCGUACCCUCGCAUGCGGCCGCCGUCCUUCUUCUGCGAGAACGAGUCGAGCGAGGGCAUGCUGCUCCACUACCGGUCCAAGCGACGGGGGUACGCACACUACACCAUGGGCCAGAUCAAGCAGGUGGCGAGUCACUUCUACAACACUGACAUGAAGGUGGAGCUGGUGCGGGAGGAGCUCAUCUUCGACACCUCGCACGUCACCUUCCAGCUCACCUUCGACAACCGGGCCUACACCAACCAGGCCAACCUCAUCCUCAUCCGCGAGGAGAAGUCAUUGCCGCUCAGAGGAAACAUUCUCUUCGAAAUCUUCCCCUUCUGCAUCCUCUUCGGGAACAAGAUGCAGGUGAAGUACAUCGGUAACAGCAUGAUGCAGAUAAUGCCGGAGCUGGUGGGCAAGAAACUCACAGACUGGUUCGACCUCCUCCGCCCGCACGUCGAAUUCAAGUUCGAAGCUAUCCUCCGGCGCACCAACAACAUCUUCGAGCUCGUUACGGUCAACUCAGUGUUCCAAGCUCAGAAGAAGGUCAACGGUGAGAUCGACUCCAACUCCUCCAACGACGACGAUCCUGAGCACGCCUUCAAGCUCAAAGGCCAGAUGAUCUACAUGGACGAGUGGAAGAUGGUGCUGUUUCUAGGUACGCCCGUCAUGAAGGACCUCGACUCCCUCGUCUACGCCGGCCUCUACAUCAACGACCUCUCCAUGCACGACUUCUCCAGAGACCUCAUGCUGGCGGGGACGCAGCAGUCGGUGGAGCUCAACCUGGCGCUGGAGCAGGAGCAGCACAAGAGCAAGAAGCUGGAGGAGUCGAUGCGGAAGCUGGACGAGGAGAUGAGGCGGACGGACGAGCUGCUCUACCAGAUGAUCCCCAUGCAGGUGGCGCAGCGCUUACGGAAGGGAGAGAACCCGGUCGACACUUGCGAGACCUUCGAGAGCGUGACCAUUCUCUUCUCGGACGUGGUCACCUUCACAGAGAUCUGCAGCCGCAUCACGCCCAUGGAGGUGGUCUCAAUGCUCAACGCCAUGUACUCCAUCUUCGACAAGCUCACCGAGAAGCACAAGGUGUAUAAGGUGGAGACGAUCGGAGACGCCUACAUGGUGGUGGCGGGCGCCCCGGAGCGACAGGCCAACCACGGCGAGAUGGUGUGCAACAUGGCGCUCGAUAUGGUUGAAGCGAUCACCGAACUCACUGACCCCUCCACAGGGAACCACUUGAGGAUCCGCGUGGGCGUGCACUCCGGCAUGGUGGUGGCGGGCGUGGUAGGCCUCAAGAUGCCGCGCUACUGCCUCUUUGGGGACGCCGUCAACACAGCGUCCCGUAUGGAGUCGACGAGCGAGGCCAUGAAGGUUCACGUCUCGCAAACCACCCGGGACAUCAUCUCCAGCAAGUACCACGUGGAGGAACGCGGAGAGAUCACGGUCAAGGGGAAGGGUGAGUGGAACAUGAAGACCUACUGGCUGCUGGACUGUGAGGGCCGCCAGUCUGUCAAGGGUCAGGCCCAGAACAUCGAGAGCGUCGUCGGGGAGGAGCGGCGCGGGUCCACGGCCUCCAGCAGCUACUUCCCCAUCACCUUCCAGGACGUGAAGAAGAGCUCCCUCACCACUGCCACCACCCUCGCGCCCACCACCACCCUCACCACCACCAACGCCGGCAGCAACUCCAAGAACUCUCCCCACACCACCCCCACCAACACGCCCAAAAACAACCCGAUCGUCAUCCCCCACUACCAGAAGCCCCACACGCCCAUCGAGGUGGCCCGGGCGCCCCUGGACAAACCCAGAGGUCGCAGCUUCUCCAACGUGGGAUUCUCAAGCUUAACACUACCGUCUCUUGAAGGUACCACCCCCAUCAAGAGCUCCCCCAUGGAUGAGAAACACUUGGCCUUCCCAUCUGAGUUGGUGGAGCGAGUUCGCAGUACCACGCACGAAAAGCCCAAGAGCCUUUCUACCCACCACGCACACUCCUUCCACUCGAACCACCACCCGAACCACAGCACGCCGCUACCCGAUGUCCUCAUCGACUACCACCACUCCCACGGCGACAAAAUGGCGUCCACCACCCUACACAAAGUGAAGGUCACGCUGGCCACGCCCAUGGACGGCAAGGUGGUGGACAUCACGGGCCAGGCAGAUAUGGUGGAUCGCGGCACCUCCCCCAUCGUGUCUCACACCGGAUGCUCCGCGUUCACCACCAAAAACAGGGUGCAGAGCCACACCUGCCUCAUACUCUAACACCAGCUGCCGGGGCCCCUCCACCUGAAGGCACCUGGAGGCUCACAUUCACUGCCUGGCGUUGGUGGCGUCGAUGCGUCCACCUGCCGAUUGUCGAGACGAAAGGUCGUUGCAGCGGCGCAAGUGGUGGUCGUGAACAAGAGGGCGAGGGACACACAUUGUAUCUUGCCACACCCCUCACGUAUAGUUUUCACUGUCUCACCACACCUUCAUCACACUGUCCGCAGUGCCGUCCGUCCCCGCCGUGGAGAGCAUCGCUGGGCGGCACCCGGCACUCCCCGGCCCCUCGAGCCGUCACACGCUGCGGCACACCACCGGCAGGCGCUGAAGCACGUGGGUGUUCUUGUAGAGUAAAAUAAUGUCUCUAAUACUCUUACUUAGCUCGGUAAAUGUUUUAUACGCAUAUCCCUAUAUAUGAAUAGUACUAAAAUAUAUUUUCCCACCACUGAGAAAGAAUAAAUUGUAUAUACAUACUUCCGUGCACAGCUUCUCAAACUAAACUACUGAAAUGAAAUCACUUAUUUCACACACACACACACACACACACACACACACACACAAGCGGGGAUUCCAGUCAAGGCGAGGCUCGUAAAGCAGCAAGCACCACCACAGAGGCAAGGAGCUGCCCGUCACUCCAUGUAGGGCUGCCGGCGGACCUGCGCAGGAGUCCUCCGAAAGAGCCGCUGUCGUGUGCAGUCACAGCGAAUGACUCGCCCUGUAGGAAGCCUACACACUGUGACAAAUGUGAUUUUUCUGUGUUCAGCAUCACGCGCGCUACACGGAGAUGGGUCUGGCUGAGCCAGGGAACACAUCGCAGAACAAGUUCCUUUGCGCUUGUAGAAAGCUGUUACGUUUUUUGUACACUGAUAAGUAGUUUUCUGUGUAACUUCAUAUAUAUAUUGUUAAUACAUUACAGAAUGUACAUUUAUUGCACAUAUAGAAGAGUAGAUACUAAUUUAUUUAGUGUGUUGUGGGCGCAGCCUCAGGUGGCGGAGGUAGCGGCGAGUCCCUCCGGACGGCGACGACGCCUCUCGCCGCCCGUCCGGGUCUAUGGUCGAGGCCCAGCACGUGGAGACUUUAUCAAAAAGACCAAAGCAUAUGUAAUAGCGAUGUACGCAGAAAUCUCUUGCAGUAGAUGGUUGGCGCAGGCCGCACAAACGGGUGCUUGACUCACCACGCACAGGUAAUCUUACUCUGUCCUUAUAGUCGCGAGGUUGACAAGGGCAGCACGGCAGGACAGCCGGCACAUCAUGUAGGCAGUAAAAUGUUAGAUCAAUCAGUAGUUUUUUUCCACGGCCGCCGAUCGGUGGGCAAGGGAUGAGUGACUUCACUCCACACACAUAGGCGGUACAACAACUUCCCCCUGGUGAUGAGAGGAAGUUUCCAAACGUUACCACAAGGCUGGCACAGGAGGCGUAUCUAUUAACCUUUAACUGACGAGAGCUUCAGUCAGUCAUUUGCAUGGGACUUCAACAAUUGGUUAAGUAAGAAACACGAAGAGUUGCCGGCAGGGUGCCCGCCUCCAGGUACUAGCAUGUGCUGCCACUACGCCCUCACGGUGCUACGGUUGGCAUGACAAUUUCAUAACAAUAAACAAAAUAUACAUUCAGAGUACUUGAAUCCCUUCUGAAGCUUGUCAAAUUUCCGCUGAAUGACUCAAAUAAUUAAUGGUGAGAUUGUAGAGACAGCGGUGGCUACCAACCCUGGGCAUUAACUCAAGUCUCAACACCACCACGUGACGCAUUCUCUCUCUCUCUCUCUCUCUCUCUCUCUCUCUCUCUCUCUC